AAAGGGUCUAAGAAAGGGGUGAAACUGUUAGAAAAGAAAAAGAAAGGGUCAAAGAAAGGGGUGAAAUUGUUAGAAAAGAAAAAGAAAGGGUCAAAAUAGAAGAAGUAGUAAAAUCUUAGGGGGAGAGAUAAAAAAAAAUAAGGCAGAGAAAAAAAGAGUAAGGAAGCGGUUGGCUUGGUCGCUCGGCAACUGGAACAAGCAAGGACAAGACAUGACUUGAGUAAAGUUGCCCUGAAGAAGACCGGAAUUGUACACGCCAACAAUGACUUCUUAAAAUCCAAUUUCGCAAACAAAGCGCAAAAAAGCCUCUCUACACCAGAUUCUUCGAAGAUGAAUAGCGUAACCAAGGAUCUAUUCUCCGACGUAUUUCUCCGACCAGCUGUUUCUGUUUCUGUUUCUGAUGGAGCUUGGGCCACCGCUAUUUCGCUUCUCUUAAUCUUUCUCUUUCGUAUCUUCAAAUUUCGCUUCUUUGCCUCUCCUUCUUCUCCCUCCAUUGCAGACUCUCUUUCCCAUCCCCAAAUCCAAUCAAGGACAUCCACACUUGUUUCUGAUGAAGAUUUGAAAUGGUUGAUCCAAAAUCUGGAGGGAAGCAGAGAGCCUACUGCUGCUAACAUCUGGGAACAUGUUAUUCACAAAACCAACGAUCGGGUUUCAUACUCUGCUCAACGCUGCAAGCCUGAGGAUGGUGGUCCUAUGAAGUACCUAAGUGUUACUGUAUUUGAGGAUUGCUCCCCUGAGAUUUUGAAGGAUUUUUACAUGGACAAUGAUUUCAGGAAGCAAUGGGAUAAGACAGUUGUUGAUCAUCACCAACUUCAGGUUGAUAGCAAUACUGGAAUUGAGAUUGGUCGCACUAUUAAAAAGUUUCCUUUGUUGACAUCAAGAGAGUACGUUCUAGCUUGGAAGUUGUGGGAGGGAAAGGACAGCUUCUACUGUUUCACUAAGGAAUGUGAUCAUGAUAUGGUACCGCGACAGAGGAAGUAUGUACGUGUGAGUUACUUUAGAUCUGGUUGGCGGAUCAGGAGAGUUCCCGGAAGAAAUGCUUGUGAGAUCAAAAUGUUUCACCAGGAGAAUGCAGGGUUGAAUGUUGAGAUGGCCAAGCUCGCUUUCUCUAAAGGAAUAUGGAGUUACGUUUGUAAGAUGGAAAAUGCAUUUCGUAAUUACAUUGCAAUCAGUCAUAGACCACCCCAAGCGUCCGUUUUAUCUGCUCUCACCUUAAUCGCAAAGGUUCCAUCAGAGUUAGAAAGUCAGACAGUGGAUGUCACAACCUCCAUGGGAACUAACGGUGGUGAAGAAAUAUUGAGUCAAGUAGCAAAACAAAAGAAGUUAUUGAGAAAGCCAUCAAAGAAACUGAUAGCAAAAGGUCUGGUUCUUGUGGGUGGCGCUAUAUGUUUGUCACGUGGUCACUCAGCCUUAGGUGCUAAAGUAGCAUUAGCUUACCUCUUGACGAAGCUGAACAAGCGUGACACUCCUCUGAAGCAGACCGCCCAGAACACCAGUAUUUAAAGUAAGAACCCCCUUUGUCAUUGGGGUUGUUUAUUGACUCAAAACCACAUGAAUUCUGCUGAUAGGUUUUUGGUCUUCAAAGUGUUGUACCUUAUAGCUGGAAGAUGAAUUUUGUGUUCAUAUAUUAAACAGACCAAGCUUAAGAAGAUUGGCUCAGACCAACCUAAUUAACUUCUAUCACGCCUUUAUCUACUGAUUAAAACAGCAAAACAUCUUUAACUGGUUUU